GGCGGUCGCCGUCCCCGGCCGCCGCUCCCAUCCUGAACCCAGACCCCGCCGCAGAGGCACCCUUGUAGCUCUCCUUGGACGCUGCCGCUGUGGCCGGCGCCACCUCCUCGGUGCAUUUUCUGCCGCCGGCCUCCUCCAUCUCGCCAAUCCUCCGUGCCUCGCCGCCCCAGUGCCCCACCCAUCGACCCCAACGUCAUGCUUGGGCGGGUGCACCCAGCGAGGCCGGGCUGGUACGAGAAGCGCGAUGGCAUUGGACAAAGGCAGGCGUCAUACGAAGCCGAGACAGACCCAGUCAUGUACGUACCUUUGUGCUUGUUUACCGGCAGUAUCAUGGCCGGCGAGGUGCCGCUGUACAAGGACGCGUCGGCGCGGGUGGAGGCGCGUGUGCGCGACCUUCUGGGCCGGAUGACGCUAAGUGAGAAGGCAGGCCAGAUGGCUCAGAUCGAGCGCACCGUGGUGUCGUCCCGCGCUCUCACGGAGCUCGGCGCCGGCAGCGUCCUCAGCAGCGGCGGCAGCGCGCCCCACGACCGCGCCUCCCCGUCCGACUGGGCCAGCAUGGUCGACGACGCGCAGCGCCUUGCCCUCUCGUCGCGCCUCGCCAUCCCCAUCCUCUAUGGCACCGACGCAGUCCAUGGGCACAACAACGUCUUGGCCGCCACCGUCUUCCCCCACAACGCCGGCCUCGGAGCCUCGAGGGAUGCGGAGCUUGUGCGCAAGAUCGGCGAGGCCACGGCGCUCGAGGUCCGCGCCACAGGCAUCCACUGGGCCUUCGCCCCCUGCGUCGCCGUUUGUAGGGACCCGAGAUGGGGGAGAUGCUACGAGAGCUACAGCGAGGACCCAGAGAUCGUGCGCUCCUUGACCACCCUUGUCACCGGACUGCAGGGUCAGCCACCAGCAGGCCACCCUCAUGGUUACCCAUUCCUCCGUUCCGUUAGGGAAAAUGUUCUUGCUUGUGCCAAGCAUUUCGUAGGGGAUGGUGGCACUCACAAGGGGAUCAAUGAAGGGAACACCAUUUGCUCCUUAGCUGAUUUAGAAAGGAUCCACAUGAAACCCUACAUUGAUUGUAUAACUCAAGCUGUGGCAACGGUCAUGGCAUCCUACUCUCAAUGGAAUGGCCAGCCAUUACAUGCCAGUCGCUAUCUGCUUACAGACGUUCUAAAGGGCAAGUUGGGCUUCCAGGGUUUUCUGGUGUCAGACUUGGAGGGUAUUGACAGGCUUAGCGAGCCUCGAGGGUCGGAUUAUCGCUACUGCAUUGCCCAAGCGGUUAAUGCUGGAAUAGAUAUGGUAUUGUUCCUUUUCAGAUUUGAGAAGUUCUUGGAAGAUCUUCUGUUCUUGGUGGAGUCAGGGGAGAUACCAGUAUCACGGAUUGAUGAUGCUGUUGAGCGGAUUCUAAGGGUUAAGUUCAUAUCUGGGGUUUUUGACCAGCCAUUUUCAGACCCAUCUCUACUAGACGUAAUUGGUUGCAAGAAGCAUCGGCAGCUGGCACGUGAGGCUGUUCGAAAGUCUUUGGUUCUUCUGAAAAAUGGCAAGAAUCAGAAUGAGCCAUUCCUUCCAUUGGCCAAAAAUGCAAAAAGAAUACUUGUUGCCGGGACGCAUGCUGACAAUAUUGGAUAUCAAUGUGGUGGAUGGACGAUGUCUUGGAAUGGAGACAGUGGAAAGAUAACCCGUGGUACAACCAUAUUAGAGGCCAUACAAGAAUCUGCGGGAGUGGAAACUGAAGUUGUAUAUGAGGAAUCCCCAACUGAAGCUACCAUUGAAACGAGGGAAUUUUCAUACGCAGUUGUUGUAGUUGGUGAGGUUCCGUAUGCUGAAGGGUCGGGGGAUAGAACAGACCUUAGUAUUCCAUUCAACGGUUCUGAUCUCAUUACUCGUGUUGCUUGUAAAGUCCCUACCAUAGUGAUUGUUUUAUCGGGAAGACCCUUGGUUAUCGAGCCACAAGUUCUUGAGAAGGUAGAUGCUCUAGUUGCUGCCUGGCUACCUGGAAGUGAGGGCAUGGGAAUUACUGAUUGCCUCUUUGGAGACCAUGAUUUUGUGGGCAAGCUACCAUUCACUUGGUCUAGGUCUGUUGAUCAACUGCCAGUACAUGUUGGAGAUGAUAACUAUGAUCCAUUAUUCCAUGUUGGAUAUGGGCUGAAAUGUUCAGAACUGACGGAGAUUUAGCACAAUUUCAUAAAUCAUUUAGUCGUGCAUUUGAAUCGUUGCGACAAGGUUAUAUAUGUAUGUUGUACAAUUGAGUUUUGGGUUAUGCGAAAGAGAAAUAAUGUCUCGCUGAAGAGUACCCGGUAAAAGAUGUUUAAUAUGUUA